AUUCUUAUCCAUAAUUUUCAGGUGUUCCACUGCAUCGCUUUCCUGACCCGGAAAAAAAUGCAGAAAAGUUUAACACCUGGAUUGCAAAUAUUGGUGGCGAUCUAGCUACAUUGGAUGCAACAACAAUUUAUAAUAAUAGACGUGUAUGUCGUAAUCAUUUCGAGGACGUUUAUAAAUAUCCUAAGAACCGACUCAGUCAAUUGGCAAUGCCAGUACUGCAUUUACCAGGUGUGCAAGCACAAAGGCUUAAAGAAAUUGAUCAUAUUUCUGGAAAAUUUGAUUUGCCAAAUUUUGGUGAUUCUCCAAUGAAUACAGAGCUGUCUGUUAACCCUGUAAUAGAAGAGGACCAACCACAAUCUCUUGUCGGAGUUAAUGUCACUGGAGAAGCUCCUCUCAAACAGACUCUUGGUGACACACAAGACAAUGUAGAGCAGUCCAGAGAAGCUCAAAAUGUUAACAAAACUAACAAGAAGGCAAAAAAUAAAACCAAAAAAUCCAAAGGGUCUCGCCUAUCAUUCCUGCAAAUGAAGCAAUAUAAGCGUGCUUUGAAGCAGUUACAGAGAUGUGAAGAUGAGAAAAAGAAGUUGAAAUGCAAAUACGUAGCUGCCAAAAAACUCAUGAAAACGACAGCAUUUCAAAUAAUGUGCAAGAAUUUGUCACCGUCAGCAAAACUAUUUUGCCAAAUGCAAGUUACCCAAAGCGGGAAAAAAAAGCAAGGAAGGCGUUUUACAAUUGACGAAAAAAUUUUGGCAUUAUCUCUUUAUAAACCUUCGCCAAAGGCAUAUCGACUAUUAGGCACGAAGUGUAUUAUGCCGAGCAGAAAAACGCUGCAAAAUUUACUGCGCAAAAUUAAUUUGAGACCUGGAAUUAAUUAAAUUAUUUUUGAAAAUUUAAAAAACAGGGUUUCUAAGAUGCCUGAAAACCAU